AUGGGAGUAGCUCGCCCGCGGCUCGGCUUUACAGAUUUAAGCACGAAAUUCUCGAGGUCCACACUGUUGAGCCACAUCAAUGCCAGAGGGUUUCACACCACAAGAAGGUUGCUUGAGAAUGGAAAGAAGGACUCAUCGACGUACUUGUUUGGACGAGAGAUUUCAACGUCGCAGUUUAAGAUGCUCAGGUCCCUCUUGGUGACCAUUUGGCCCAAGAACAAGCCUAGUUUCAAAGUGAGAGUGUUGAUCGCAUUGCUGUUGUUGAUAGGCUCAAAGCUUUUGAACGUCCAGGUCCCUUUUUUUUUCAAAAGUAUCAUUGAUGAAAUGAAUGUGGACUGGUCGGAGCAAUUGGGCACCUUGGGCACGGUUAUGGGGACCAUGAUAUUGGCAUACGGUGGUGCUAGGUUUGGCGCUGUCUUGUUUGGCGAGCUCAGGAACGCAAUUUUUGCAUCAGUCGCUCAGCUGGCCAUCAAAAGAGUCGCCAACAAUACGUUCAAGCACCUCCUAGAUAUGGAUUUGCAGUUCCAUCUUUCAAGGCAGACGGGUGGCCUCACAAGAGCUAUAGACCGAGGCACCAAAGGUAUCAGUUAUGUUCUUAGCGCCAUGGUUUUCCACAUAAUACCCAUAAGUUUUGAAAUUAGUGUGGUGUGUGGCAUCUUGACCUAUAACUACGGCCUCUCAUUUGCCGCCGUUACCCUUAUGACCAUGAUUGGCUAUUCUGUUUUUACCAUCAAGACUACGGCAUGGAGAACGGGCUUCAGGCGUCAAGCAAAUAAUGCUGAUAACCAGGCAGCUUCAGUGGCCUUGGACUCCUUGAUAAACUACGAGUCAGUCAAGUAUUUCAAUAAUGAAACUUAUCAGUGCAGCAAGUACGAUAAGUCACUUACAAACUACCAAAACGCAUCGAUCAAAGUCGCCACCUCAUUGGCAUUUUUGAACGCUGGCCAGAAUUUUAUUUUUACUCUGGCUCUCACUGCCAUGAUGUACAUGGGAUGCCAGGGUGUUGCUACCGGAGCUCUCAGUGUUGGUGAUUUAGUCUUGAUUAACCAGCUUGUCUUUCAAUUGUCUGUUCCCCUUAACUUCUUGGGUUCUGUAUACCGUGAACUUAAACAGUCGUUGCUUGACAUGGAGAACUUAUUCCAAUUACAGAACUACGACAUCAAGGUGAAGAACAACCCUGGUGCAGAGAAACUUACGCUCUCACCAAUCCGUCCUGGUGAGAUCAGAUUUGAGAAUGUUACUUUCGGCUACCAUCCCGAUCGUCCUAUCUUAAAAAAUGCGUCUUUCGUCAUUCCUCCUGGCGAGAAGGUGGCUAUUGUCGGUCCUUCUGGAUCCGGUAAGUCCACUGUUCUCAAGCUUGUCUUCAGAUUCUACGAUGUUGAUUCGGGGCGCAUUCUUAUCGAUGGACAAGACAUCUCCAAGGUUGAUCUAGAAUCCUUGAGGCGUGCGAUUGGUGUUGUUCCACAAGAGACUCCACUCUUUAAUGAUACAAUUAUGGAGAAUAUCCGGUACGGACGUCUCGACGCCCACAAUGAUGAAAUUAUGGAGGCUGUCAAGAAAGUGCGACUUGACAAACUAGUGAAGGAUCUACCGGAGGGCAUGAACACCAUUGUUGGCGAGCGUGGUCUCAUGAUCUCCGGAGGGGAAAAGCAGAGACUUGCAAUUGCGCGAGUGCUCUUGAAACGUGCGCCAAUCGCAUUCUUCGACGAGGCUACUAGUGCCCUUGAUACCCAUACUGAACAAGCGCUUCUCAGGACAUUGAGAAGCAUUUUCAUUGAGGGGCGCUCUACUAACGUGUCAAUUGCGCACCGUCUCCGUACGAUUGCCGACAGUGACAAGAUCAUUGUGUUGAAUAAAGGCGCUGUCCAAGAAGAAGGUACACACCAGGGCUUGCUUAACACACCUGGGUCUCUCUACGGAGAACUCUGGAACAUCCAGGAGAAUCUCGACCUCGAGGAAGAGUUGAAGAGAAGAGAUGAGGAGGAUGAGGAAGUGAGACAAAGAAUGGCUAGGGAAGCCAGGCAAACAACCAAGGCCUAG